AUGGCUGACCACCUUGACGAUUUAAAAAAUGACCUCCCUAUGUUUUUUGUUAUUUAUGCAGCAGAGAUUGUUGCUGGAAUAUUUCUCGGUGCCUUUAUUGUGGGUGUGAAUUUAUUUGAGUGGUGCAGAGGGAAAGCACUGAGCUCAUGUGAUCAGAUUCUUCUUGCACUGGGUAUUUCUAAUAUUUUGUACCCCUGCAUCACUGGGUUAAUGCUUUUUAUCAUCUUAUUGCAAAUUACAAUUCCACCACUGAUGAGUCAAAUUACCUAUGGAUUUUGUUUCUUUACUGCCGUAUCCUGUUCAUGGCUCACAGCUGUGCUCUGCUUGUUCUACUGUCUGAAGAUUGUACAUUUUAAACUUGAUUUAAUUGCUCAGUUAAAGAUGAAGAUUGACCCUAUAGUGCCCUGGCUGAUAGUCACUGUAGAGCUGGUGUCUGUCCUGUGCAGUAUCCCUGGAGCUAUGAGUGUUAUUAACUUUCAAUGCACCAAUAAAUCGUCUUCCCCACUUGCAAACUGCUCCUUAAAUGAAACCGUGAUUACAUUUAAUUUUCCUAUCAUAUUAAUGACUGUGGUUCCGAACGUUUUCCUUCCUCUGCUGACUGUGAUCUGCACCACAGUUUGCAUCAUUUGGUCCCUUAGGAAGCACACACGGAGCAUGAGGAAGAACAUGGGAGAAGGUGACAGUCUGAGGGUCCACAAAACCGCAGUAAGGACAAUGCUGUCCCUUCUCCUCCUCUACAUUGUCUUCUAUAUGGCAGAAUGUUGUAUGAUGUCUAUCUUUAGCUCACCAUUAAGUCUUAUUUACUUUGUAAUGUUUAUACUGGUGCUGUUAUUUUCUCCUGUACAAUCUGUGGUUCUUAUUAUUGGAAACAACAAACUUUUCCAGAACUUGAAGAAGUUAUUGCUACUUAUAACGUGUAAGAUACAAUAG